AUGAUCGAUGAAGCGGCGCGGGCAAUUACACAGGAUAACAUCGAAUUGACCACAAACUUCAUAGUGAAGACGGCGUGUGAAAAGGCCGCUGCCGAGCUGGAAAAACGACUGGAUGCUGAGUCUGCGCGACGGAUUGCCGCUCGCCGUGAAGGAACGGAAUGGCACGACCCGACUAUGGAAAAGAUUCAAGCUGAACUCCCAGCACGAAUCGCCAUUCAAGUUGGUCCAACGCGAAAGGAACAUCUGGCCAUAUACGAGCAGUUCAGCGGACGAAUCUGUGGGUUCAAGCCAACAGUAAGUGAAGAUUCGUCGGCCACAGUUAUGGAGACAGUCAGCAGGGCAAUGACUCUCCCAGAAACAGCCAAGGAAGUCGAACAACUCACCCAGCAGCUUAACAGCAUCAUCAAGGAAGUGGACAUUACCAUGCAGGCGCAACCAAAUCCAUCAAAUAAGGCAUAUCAAGGCGUCGGCGCGAUUCGAGAUCUGCUAUCCCAGCUGGCAUCGAAUCCACGCGAUUCCAUGACGGUCGUUAACCUCAUCACUCGUUCCGUUGAAUAUCUUCUACAUGCCUACCAUGUCGAUAGCACAUCGAAAGGCUCAAAUGAUGCUUCGCGGAUUCCGGUGAUCAAAGAGGCUUUCCCGGCGACUUACGAGCAACUCUUCAAGAUGCAGCAGGUGCAAGCAAUUUUGCGACAACAGGCUGCCGCUGCAGGAGGUACAGCCGAGCCUAACCUGGACUCGCCACUUGGACCAGCUGCAAUGGAUUCGUUGGUGACGUCGGCUCCGGCUACCACUGGUGUACCGACCACGGUUCCACCAUCGGCAGAGGAGCCAGGAAUGUCAGAUAAGGUGAAUCGUUUGAGAUUUCAUUAUUACAUGUUUAGCCCUUUCAUUCUUGGCGAAUGUGGAGAUUCGAGGGGUCGGCGCCAAGGGACCACAUAA